GGCAACGAGAGAUUGGAUGCUGAAAGCCAGCUUUAGGUUCCGCAUGGAGCAUCGCAGCAUAGCGCGGACGAUGAGCAUCCGACCCAGCAACAUCCAAUAAUGUAACCAAAUGAGGCGCCCAACAAUGAGGCACGUACCCUCCUGUACCUCAUGUGAGCCGACCCGAUAUGAUACUAAUCGCCUGAUAAUGAUUGCCUUCAUCAGAGGAGUUGAGAUGAUGAUUCAUGUCCACUCUGUGCGCUGCCCUUUCCCGCUAAUAUUCACCUUCACCUUGAUGGCUAGGCCGGAAAAAGGCUCAGCGAAGGGGAACGUGCCUUCACAUGACCUGACAGGAGCUGGCCCCCCGAUCGGGAGAGCUCCUGUCGACGUCGAUCGAAAGCAUGGACACGGAAAGCUGGCUCACCAAACAACCACCGUAUGGGCACUUUCCAGCGCAAGGUACAAUUGGCGGAUCCACAAAGCGCAGCUACUCACAUAUUUCGUUAAUCUAGCAGGCACGACUGUCUGGAGCGCCUGGAUUGCCAAAGCGAAGGAUUCGUUGGCGUCUUUGGGCGAUUGUCAAACGGAAAACUCCAGAGCUGGAAUUUGAUCGUGUGAGCUAGGUGGUCGUUUGAUAGUGGCGUAAUUGUCGUGCGGGCAGGAGCAGAGAGAUAGUCUAGAUCGCAGUUGACUAGCUAGCUAGCUGGGACUGUCCGUUGCGUUUGCAAGAGUUGAAAGUCUCGCUAAGAUAUUCGUGCUUUGUUUCGUGAGAU